CGACAAGGUCGAUUAUACUCCGGUAGAGGAGGUUCUAGUUGUAGAGCGCCUCGAAUUAGUAGGCAGCGAGACUCUAGUAGACCACGUGGAGAUCCUCCGAGUAGAGGGCCUCCUCCUCGAGAGGUAGUUUCGUGUUCAUCUUCGUCCGCAGACGAAGAGCUUUCGCGGAUAGUGAAACAUGUUGAUCAACCAGAAGGCAACAAGAGAAGAAGACACAUUACUAGGGACAGUAGAGAACAAAGUGAAAUAAGUAUAAGAGGUACACGAGGACAGAGACGAACAGGAGGAGGACAAGUAGAACAGGAUGGCAGUCGAUUGCAGGACGAACAGGGAGGCGAAGCCUACGCGGUAGGCCUAGACAGAAGAAAUGGAGCCUACGCGGUAGGCCUAGACAGAAGAAAUGCACAAGAUGGAGGAGACGAUGAUCCUGACGGCGUUGUCGAACAAGAAGAUGACGUUGACGUGCACUCCUACUUGUCGAGACGUCGAAGUUCGAGCGUUCACCUCUCUUCUCCAUCAUGUCAAGAUAGUCAAGCCGCGUCUGUGCAGUCAUUUUCCUCGUCACACGACCAAGAACAAAGACAGAAGCCCAACAGCUCCAUCUCUCCUAACCGCCAAGGUGGUAGAAGAAUACGAAGAGCAGAACCAGAAGCGCAUUCACAACCAGAUAAGCAAGUAGUUGUGGAUGAAGCAGACGAGGCUAAUGCUAGCAAUCCUCAAUCUAGUGAAGUUCUUGAACAGGGGAGUCUAGAAGGAUCAACGAGGGUAGAAGAUAGCGUUGACGGAACAUUGAGUGCUGAGGAGGGCUCAAUCGAAACGUACUUAUCUCUGCACAUUAGCCGUUGUUUGUUCAUGAUAUUAACCUCUUCACAUCUAUCUUGCUAUAAGCAUUUUUCCUCUUUGCUUCUGUCGUCUAGUCGUCUACUUCUUGUAACUUGAUGUUGAUGUUGUGGACCUGGUGUUUACUAGGUAUAUAUACUUCAUCACCAAAAAUACUCCACUGCCAGGUCGUCCUUCUCAUCAUCUGGCUCUUCUCCUGAGAGCGGUCACGAGUCCGAUCGGUUCGACCCUUUUUUGUGCAAGAAGAACCCUCCUGCUCAUCAAAAUCAAGCCAGUACAUGGAUGUCUUGGUUUUGUAAUACUUUUCUCGACAUUUCCUUUCUAGAGUUGCCACGACCGCUGCAGGAGAUGGUAGAGGCGGAGUGUCCGGAGAUCGUUGGAGAAGAUGUUGAGAAGACUUUCUUGGAAGAUCCACCUACGAGGUC